AUGGCCUGCAUCCCCUCCCUCCCCUCCCUCCUCCUAACAGUCUCCCUCUUUUCAACAGUAGCAGCAGCAGCCGGGGCAGCAGCAGCAGCAGCAGCAGCAGCAGCAGCAGCAGCAGCAGCAGCAGCAGCAGCAACAACAGCAGCAGCAGCAGCAGCCGCAGCAGCAGCAGCCGCAGCAGCAGCAGCCGCAGCAGCAGCGGCAGCAGCAGGAGCAGCAGCAGCAACAGCAGCAGCAGCAGCAGCCGGGGCAGCAGCAGCAGCAGCCGGGGCAGCAGCAGCAGCAGCAGGGGCAGCAGCAGCAGCAGCACCCAGUGCAGCAGCAGCAGAAGGGGCAGCAGCAGCAGCAGCAGCAACAGCAGCAGCAGCAGCAGCAGCAGCAGCAGCAGCAGCAGCAGCAGCAGCAGCAGCAGCAGCAGCAGCAGCAGCAGCAGCAGCAGCAGCAGCAGAAGCAGCAGCAGCCGCAGCAGCAGCAGCAGCAGCAGCAGCAGCAGCAGCAGCAGCAGCAGCAGCACAACAGCAGCGGCUUCAGCAGCAACAAAGUGCCACUUCUCGCUCCUCCCCUUUCCUCCUUCCCCGCAUGCACACAUCGUAUCCUUGGGACCCCUCCUCCUCCUCCUUCCCUUCAACUCCUUGA